UUCGUUACGGCCAUGGUUGAAAGUGUUAUCCUUUUCUUUGCCUGCAUUUACGCAAUCGGAUUCUUGGAUUCUGGAUGCAAAUACCAUAAAUAGUACAAGUAGCCAGCGAUACAGCCGACACGCGGAUGCACGCGCGGCCACCACCUUGCAAUGCCUUCCUUCUGGCUUUUGUUUUCCUCUGCCUGAUGAAGGAGGAGGAGGUGACACAUGCUCACACUGUCACACACAGCCUCGGUUUAGCUUUAACGUUGCGUUGACGAUCCGUUUGUGGGCGCAUGAGCCUUAGCGCGACGCCCAGCAAUUUCACCACUGUCUGAUCUGAGCAUUACAGGACAAGACAACCGGCACAUGUCUGUGGAUUGCUAUAUUGUAUAACCCUUUUCAGUCAGUAUAUGAUUCGGAUUCAAGAGUUUCAUAUUAAACACCAAACACUCUGAAACAAGAAUCUUGUUGCGUGUCCGAGCUAAAAGAUCUGCUAUCAAGCAGCCAGCGUUUUUUCGGGCAUUCUGGUUCCUUUGCCCGCGUUUUCUGGUUCCUGAAUCUUUUUAAUUCCGAAGUAAACCUACUACUGGAAUUGGAAUUCGCUUCGAGGGUGUACUUCUUUGCGCUAAGUUUUUAUGCUUGUGGUCUGUUGCUUUUGUAAAUGCGCGUCGGUUCUUUGGAUGAUUUUUGUGUGCCAUUUGUGCUUUUGAAGUACGGGUCUUAAUAUAUGCGCCUUUUGCCUUUCUGGUUUGGAUAUUUUCAGUGACGAGAUUGUCUGGGUGGCUUCAUUUUAGGAUAAGGAUCAUGAUUUGUAAGACUUGGUGAUUCUGCUUAUGGCUAGUGAUUUAUAAAGGGAGAAUUAUGGCUGGGGAGAUUGAAGAAACGUUUAGCAUUGACUUUCAGGGAGAUUCGAUACAUUCCGGCUCCAUCUCAUUUGGAAGAUUUGAAAAUGAACCUUUAUCUUGGGAAAGAAGAUCCUCUUUCUCUCACAAUAGGUACUUGGAAGAAGUUGAGAAAUGUUCAAAACCAGGUUCAGUUAUUGAGAAGAAAGCAUAUUUUGAAGCUCAUUUCAAGAAGAAGGGCCUUUUAGGUUUUAAUAUACCUGUAAAUCAUGAUGGAUCUGAUCAAACAACUGGUGAAAAUGACGGUUCAGAGAGAAUUAGCGACCUAGGGGAUUUUGAGUCAAAUGAAAAUGGUCAGGGUGUUCAGUUUGAUCAAAGAUCCCAAGAGGAUUUUGAACCGAUUGUAGACGGCCAAUAUAUUCAAUUUGAUCAAAGAUCAUUGGAAGAUUUUGAGCCAAUUGUGGAUGGCCAUUAUGGUCAAUAUGAACACAGAUCUUUUGAAGAUUUUGGGCCAGAUGAAAAUGACAAUCAUAUUCAAUUUGAUGAAGGACCUGCUGGUUCAGAUUAUAAUGGAGAGUAUGGAGUGACUGGAUAUGAAGUGGAAGGUCUGGUCACAGAAGGGCCAAAAGGUUCAUCUUCUAACCUGCAUAUGGAAUUCGCUGUAAAUAACUGUAAUGUUUUGGAGGAUGCUAUUGAUAAUAACAGAAUUUUGGAUGAAGCUCCUAAACCUGAAAAUGAGACAAGUAGCACAAUCUCUGUUGAUGACACGAUGGUUGUAGCAGUGAAAAAGGACCAUGGUGGUACUGCCAAUAAUGAUGAAUCAUUAAGAAUUAUGAGUGUGACUGAACCAGCUAGAGGUGUUGAGCAAACAGCUCUCAAUGAUCCUCCAAGUCCCUUUCCAAAGCCUGAGCCUGGGUUGAGCUCCGUAGUCAACCGUGUUCAAGUCUGGAAAAACAGUUCAGCAGGAUCACCUAAGGGCUUGGCAAGAAAUUCUAGUAGAGAGAGUCCAAGGAAAACCAAUGUGGAAAAGAAUUCAUCAAAACUUGCAACGCCAAGGACUCAUUCACUAGGCAGAACUCCAAAAGAAGUUUCUAAAAGUGAGAAAAAAGUAAUUUGUGAGAGGAAAAGUGAAAAAGUUCUGGAAAUAAACAAGGCUGCAGAAUCUCAACCUUUUGUUUUAAAAGCUAAUUCCAGACGGAUCCAAGAAGCCAAAAGGGUGAACCCAACUGUCAAUUCAAGUUCAAGAAACUCUGAGGGUAGGCCAAGGGCUGCAGCUUUCAACUUUAAAAGUAGUGAACGAGCAGAAAGGAGGAAAGAGUUCUACAUGAAGUUGGAAGAAAAAAUGCAUGCAAAAGAAGCAGAGAUGAAUCAAAUGCAAGCAAUGUCAAAGGAAAAGACACAAGCUGAGAUUAGAAAACUCAGGAAGACUCUUAACUUUAAAGCGACGCCUAUGCCUUCCUUUUAUCGCACAGCUGCUGCUUCACAUUCAGACGGGAAUAAGGAUGUAACAGAUAACAACAAAAGUAGGAACAAGAAAGUACAGAAUAAACCAAAAUGUGCAGGGAGCAUAUCAGGCGCAGCAAUUUCUUCAAAUUUGAAGACUAGAAUCAGAAAUGAUCAAGCUGCUGAUGAAUCUGUAACAUCAACCAAGCCACAUAGUAUCGCAUCCUCUGAGGCUAGUGUGACCUCUUCAACUCCUCCAACCAACCAAAGCCGCCUUCUUGAUUCGAAGCAAAUGGCUGGGUUUCCAGAUGGAAGGAACGAGCAAAGGCUGGGUGGCAAAACCAGAGUUUCAUUAGAGGGCAGCUUUAAGGAGGCAAGAAGGCCACACAGUAGAGAGAAGCGAACUGGGCAAACUCCAAAACAGAGCAUUGAAACAAGGAAGAAUAGUGUGAAGAGUAUAGCUGUUAGAAGCAGUUCAAGAAUUGGUAGUCUCACUGUACCUGUGGCUUCCUGAAAACUUUCUUCUCUUCAUCUUCAAACUGAUCUUCUGCUUUCUCCAGGACUGCUAUUAUCUUAGCUUUUCGCCCCACAAAAUACAGUGUAAUGAUUGCACCAUAGGUUAUUUUAUAAUGUUAAAGUUACUAAUAAGUCAAUGAUUGCAGCAUGCAUGCAAGUAGGCAGUAGCUUUGGUAAAUAAUGGGCAUGCUCAUUAUUGA